AUGUCACCUCUGGAAUGUUCUGAGUGUUUUGGUGACCAACUUCUGCAUAGGACCUAUACCUGGCACCUCACAUUGCACUCGAGGCCAAAUUUUACAAGAAAACGAGAUACCAGAUCUGAAAGCCUAGAAAUUCCAAUCAAUGUGGUUCUGCCUCAGCGGGGCACAGCCGAGCCCUUUCUCCGGCUCCACAACGUGUACACCACCCCUCACUGCUCCAGGCAGGCCGCCCUGUCCAGGCCCAGCCGCAGGGUAGCCAGCCAGCACUCCUACCCACUCAACCGCUUCUCCUCCGUGCCCUUGGACCCCAUGGAGCGUCCCACCUCCCAGGCAGACCUGGAGCUGGACUACAACCCUCCGCGGGUGCAGCUGAGCGACGAGAUGUUUGUCUUCCAGGACGGGCGGUGGGUGAACGAGAACUGCCGCCUGCAGUCCCCCUACUUCUCUCCCUCCUCCUCCUUCCACCACAAGCUGCAUCACAAGCGGCUGGCCAAGGAGUACCUGCUGCAGGACGAGAACAAGGCGCUGCGCGAGGAGAACAAGGCCCUCCGCAGGGAGAACAAGAUCCUGCAGGUCUUCUGGGAGGAGCACAAGUCCACGCUGGGCCGCGAGGACAGCCGCUCCUCCUCACCCCUGCUGCACAAGGACACGGCGUCCCAGGAGGUGGUGAAGCGCGACAGCACCGCCCUGCCGGUGCAGCGCGCCAAGGAGAACAGCACGCUGCAGCUCCUGCGAGAGGAGAACCGGGCCCUGCAGCAGCUGCUGGAGCAGAGACAGGCCUACUGGGCCCAGAGCGACGACCAGGCCGCCCCCGCCGAGGAGACCAAGCCCGUGGUGUCGCCACACGAGGAGUCUCACAGCCCCGACCAGGGCCCGGGCCUCUCGUCCCCCUUCGAGGAGUCCAAAGGGCCCUCGACGCCCCAGGAGGACGCCAAGACCCUGCGAGCCCUGAGGGAGAUGGUCAACAACCUGGCCGGGCCUUCCGGGGAGGAGGCGGCCAAGGCGGGCCCCGGGCUGGCCGACGGCGGCCAGGCCCUGCAGCUGCUGAGGGAGAUGAGCCAGGCGCUGCAGGCCCUGCGCGAGGAGAACCGGCUGUUGCAGGAGGAGAACAGGGCCCUGCACGUGCUGCGGGAGGAGCACCGCGUCUUCCAGGAGGAGAACAAGGCCCUGUGGGAAAACAACAAGCUGAAGCUGCAGCAGAAGCUGGUCAUCGACACGGUGACCGAGGUCACGGCCCGCAUGGAGAUGCUCAUCGAGGAGCUCUAUGCCUUCAUGCCGGCCAAGAGCAAGGACCCCAAGAAGCCCAGCAGGAUCUGA